AUGGCCGCUCCAUCUGUUAGCCCUACUAGUCUUCUUUUUGAACAGCAGAAAGAACUGCUUCUGUUACAGCUAGAGCACGACCGUGAGAAGCUAGAGCACGACCGUGAGAAGCUAGAGCACGACCGUGAGAAGCUAGAGCACGACCGUGAGAAGCUAGAGCACGACCGUGAGAAGCUAGAGCACGACCGUGAGAAGCUAGAGCACGACCGUAGGAAGCUAGAGCACGACCGUGAGAAGCUAGAGCACGACCGUGAGAAGCUAGAGCACGACCGUGAGAAGCUAGAGCACGACCGUGAGAAGCUAGAGCACGACCGUGGGAAGCUAGAGCACGACCGUGGGAAGCUAGAGCACGACCGUGGGAAGCUAGAGCACGGCCGUGAGAAGCUAGAGCACGACCGUGAGAAGCUAGAGCACGACCGUGAGAAGCUAGAGCACGACCGUGAGAAGCUAGAGCACGACCGUUCUCGUGUGGCAGGGGCUGUGGAGAGUAAGGUCAGCCGUGUGGCUUUAGACUGGGUGAGGCUAACGCUAGAUGCCUAUGGGAUGCAGCCCCCUGGGUACGAUGGACCUCAGAGCUGUGUUUAUGCUACAGCCAACAACAUCUGGAAUGACCCGAGUCUUGAUCUGGACACUGACCUGCCGUCAGGGUGGCGCACCAUCCGGGACAGCACUGGCACCUACUACUGGCACGUGCCCACAGGCACCACACAAUGGCAGCACCCAUCCUACAGCAAUGAGGAGGACCAGAGCGCCGUCAAUGGCAUCGCUGCCACGGACCUCAAGAGCCUGGAGGCUGGUGGCAGCCGUGGAUCAAGGGCAAGGCUGACAGAGAGCCCAGUGGCCUCCGUAAAUGACAGGAUCUCCUGGCAGGACGAUUAUUUCUGCACCAACAUGGAUCCUGACUCCAAGUGUUUUGCGGUGCGCUCCCUGGGCUGGGUGGAGAUCCCAGAGGAGGAGCUGACGCCGGGGAAGAGCAGUCUGGCUGUCAAUAACUGCAUCCAGCAGCUGUCCAGCAGCAAGGCAGAGGGCCGCGAUGCACUAGGCGCCUGGGGAGAGGGCCAGGACAUGAUGAUGGUGCUGAAGAAGGACACCCUUAGCCUGAUGGACCCAGUGGACCGCAGCCUUAUCCACUGCCAACCUAUCAUCAACAUCCGUGUGUGGGGCGUGGGAUGCAACAACGGCAGAGACUUUGCCUUUGUGGCCAGUGACAAAGACACCUGUAUGCUGAAGUGCCAUGUGUUUCGCUGUAACGCCCCAGCAAAAACCAUCGCCACGGCUUUGCAUGAAAUGUCCUCAAAGAUCAUGGCAGAGAAGACGACUAGAAGCCCAUCUAUGGCCCGCUCCCUCACCAUGGAGAACAUCUCCCCUGAGGACCUGCCACGUCAAGUGGACUUCCUGGAUGCAAUGAGGAAAAGGGUGCAGAAGUUUGAGGUGCAGUACAUCGGAAACCUGCCUGUCUCCAGGGCGAUGGACCCUCUGGCAGGUAUGGAGGUGCUGAACCGGGCCAUAGAGAGCAUCAUGAACACCUCAGACAGUGACGAGUGGGAGCCCAUCGUCAUCCACAUCUCUGAUACUGUGCUUUCACUCUGGAAAGGAGAGGAUGGAGAUGAUCCCUUCUGGGAAUGUCAAGUGCGUUACCUGACCUUUCUGGGUGUGGGCCAUGACACACACACCUUUGCAGUGAUAGUGGAUGGCGGGACGCAGCGGUUUGAUUGUCAUGUUUUCUGGUGUGAGCCAGACGCAGGGAUCAUCUCUGAGGCUGUGCAGGCUGCGUGCAUGGUCCAGUACCAGAAGUGCUUGGUGGCCCAGACUCCACCACCCAGGUCCAAAAUGUGGCAGGCGGGUUCCAAGGUGAAGAGGGCCAACUCCAUGGACGGCUUCACUUUCCCAGCUCCCCUUCACCAAGGACUGUCCCCACCCAUGACUGGCUCCUCCACAGCCAAAAAGGGCAUGCUGGCGUUUUUUGAGACUUUCCGAAAUAAACAGUCAGCAGUUUCCACACCAUAGCAACCAGAUAGGGAGGCGGGAGGGAGCGAGUGAGUGAGGGAGAGAGUGAGGGAGCGAGUGAGGGAAGGGGACUUGGGUAAAGGGAGGUACGGCAAAUCAGUUUUAGGGGAAGGGUAGAAUGUAUAACAGAUGUAUAACCAGCCAUUAGAAUGUGAAGAUUGAAGGCCAGCUGAGUUUCUAUUUGACCAGGCAGGGAUGACCAUUAUCUUAAACAAAACAAACGUGCUGCAUUUCUGCUUCUACUGUGUUUCUUUGGGUAUACAACAUAUCUCAACUAGGCUGGUUUGUGGUACAGAUUUAGAAAAGAACACUGAGGUGCUGUACUCUCACAUUCCACACCUUUCUUGUCAAGGAAGAGUUUAGGUCAUUAGGAUCUUGUACUUUUAUUGCAAAAUACCAUCAAAUACACAACAAUGGCUCCCUGGUUCUAAGUGAAACAUACAGUAGCAAAAAAUAUGGUGCAGUAAUUGACUACUCUUUAAUAUAGUUUUCUGAUAUUGAACAUCAGCAAAAUGUAACAGUGACCUCAUUCUUGUACAAUUAAUGUAGUUAGAUAGGUUGUGUUAAAUACUUAUACUGUUCUUUCUAAUAAAUGUAAAGGGAUCUUUAACUUCAGAUAUAUUCAUAUAAGUGUGUCAAUUUAUAGCCUAUAGUCCCUCUGACAGUUGACAACAAAUAGAUUUCAAAUGUGAGAUUAGGCAUCAUAAAGAUGGGAGAGAAGAUAUCACACUAUAUAUUCCUCCAUUAUUCAAAUUAGACGUGUCAAAAUCGAGAAUCAGACCGAUGAACAUCCGAGACCCCAGUUUGUCAACAGCAAAUGAAGUCCAAUCAGAUCUGGGCUUUGGUACAAUUUUGAUGCAGCAUACUCAGAAAGAAUCCCUUUCAGCAGGAUUCAGGAGUGGCGCCAGUGCCACAGUGGUCUUCACAUUAGAGUGAAAGAGAAGGUGUUUUAGUUCUGUUCUGAAAAAAGUUUGUGUUAGUACAUGCAGCACAAAAAGCAUAAAAGUAUAAAAAAAAGAAGAAAAGAUUUAGAAAGGUAUGUAGACAGUCCCCCGAAGCUCUACAGAAGCACUGCAUGCUUUCGCACACGCUUGGGAAUGAAAUGCUUUGCUCAGGUACUUUCCAUGCUAUUGGCAAUGAAGAAAAAAAAGACUUGACUCUCACUAGUAAAACUGAAAACACUUAGAAAUCAAGUCAAUGACUAAACUCUAAAUUCAACCAGUCCCCACCACUGAAAGCCUGUGUUAUGUUGUUCCUAUUGAAAGACACGCUAAACAGCAUUUUCACUUGAGAAAACACCAAAACGCACUGAAUUGAUAUCACUUUUGUGAUUCCCCCCAAAAUACAGAUUUAU